CUAGGGCCACUUGUCUAAGUUCAAAGGGCUUUUACUUUCGUUUUCCCGUCUCCGAGUCACACAGCUGAUCAACAGAAUUUAAAACCCCAACACCCACACUGUGUGGUGGUAGUGGACAAGGAGAAGCUGAAAACACCACACAGCUGACUGGAGCAAAGAGUAGGAUGGCAGACUUUCAACUGCGCGCAUACCAGGAGGAAGUGGUUGAAAGGGCUCUUCGGAGAGAGAACGUAAUCAUUUGGCUGCCGACGGGAGGUGGAAAGACCCGUGCUGCUGUGUAUGUGGCCAAAAAACACCUGGAGACCACGCCACGGGCUAAGGUUCACCUUGUAGACCAACAUUACAACAAAGAGUUCAAGCCUCACCUGGGCAAUGACUACACCCUGGUGGCAGUCAGUGGAGAGAGUGAGGAGAAGGACUUCUUUGGUCGAGUGGUACGGGACAACGACGUGGUCAUCUGCACAGCACAGAUCUUGUACAAUGCCCUGACUAACACGGAGGAAAACAAACAUGUUGAGCUCUCAGAUAUUACUCUACUGAUAAUCGAUGAGUGUCACCACACCCACAAGGACUCAGUCUACAACCAGGUGAUGGCGUGCUACGUAGAGAAAAAGUUGAAAGGCGAACAACCAUUGCCACAGAUCCUCGGUCUCACUGCAUCACCGGGGACGGGGGGCGGGAGGACCCUGGAUAAGGCUGUGGGGCAUGUACUGCAGAUUUGUUCCAAUCUGGACUCAGCCAUAGUUUCAACAAAAAACUAUGUAUCCGAGCUGAAGGAGAAAGUACCCAGACCACUCAAGAGUUUUGACAUUGUGGAGAAAAGACUUCAGGAUCCAUUCGGUGAUCAUCUGAAGGGCAUGAUGCAGAUGAUCCAUGAGUACAUGGACCUUCCUCCAGACGUCAGACCGAGAGAGUGUGGCACACAAGAGUAUGAGGCCGAUGUAGUGGUACUAGAGCAGCGUGGAGUAAGACAGGACAACAGACUGCUAGCACAAUGUGCACUCCACCUCAGACAGUACAAUGAUGCCCUGCUCAUCAAUGACACCCUGCGAAUGAUGGAUGCCUAUCGCUCCCUAGAGGAGUUCUACAUCACCAAGUUCAUCACAGCAAUUGAUGGAACAGACUUCUUCCUGGUGGGACUUUUCGAAGAGAAUCAGGUGGAGCUGCAGAAAUUGGCAAGAGACUCUCGCUAUGAAAACCCGAAGAUGGGCAAACUUGAGAGCACUCUGCUACAACAGUUUAGUCCAAAUGUGAAAUCAAAGGGGAUCCUAUUCAGCAAAACCCGUAAAAGCAUCCACUGCCUAAAGGACUGGGUCCUCAACAAUAAAGCCUUACAGGCAGCUGGCAUCAAGGCAGACUUCCUCACUGGGUCUGGCAAUGGUAGCACUUACAUGACACAGAAUGAGCAGGCGGACACGAUCCGCAAUUUCCGCGAAGGUACUCUCAACCUCCUGAUCUCCACCAGUGUGGCUGAAGAAGGCCUUGACAUCCCUGAAUGCAACCUGGUGGUACGCUAUGGGCUGCUUACAAAUGAGAUUGCCCAGCAGCAGGCCAGCGGACGUGCCCGAGCGAAAGACAGCAAGUAUUCAGUGGUUGCCCAGACAGGGGGGCGGGAAGUGCAGAGGGAGCUUACCAAUGAAUAUCUGGAAGAGCUGACAGGAAAAGCCAUUGCUAAGGUCCAGGAAAUGAGCCUCAGAGAGUUUCGCACAAAGAUAACUGAGCUACAAACGGAGGCAGUUAUUUGCAGGAAAAUUGCAGAGAGCCGCAAAGUAGAGAAAAAGAGUCGCAACACUGCCGCUAGUGUCCAGCUCUUGUGUCGAAACUGUUUCAAGUCUGUGGCCACUGGCAGUGACAUUAAACUUCUUGACAAUCAGCACUUUGUCAACGUCAAUCCCGACUUUAAGAGACACUACAAAGUCGGUAUGCAGGUGGUGCUAGAAAGGAGCUUUGAGGACUGGGAGCCCGGGUGUACAAUUAAUUGCAGCAACUGCAACAAGGACUGGGGUUAUGAGAUGAAGUACAAGAAGGUUGCCCUGCUACCCAAUCUUAAGAUUAAGAACUUGGCCCUGGAAACUCCUCAAGGCAGGGUGACUGUAAAGAAGUGGAAGGAUGUCCCUUUCACUGUUGAGGACUUCAGCUUGGCAGAAUACUGCGAAGACAACUUCCCUGACCUCUUCAAUUGAGACGCCAACAAGAGAGCUCUGUGUGAGGUUUCCCCCAACUUCACAUGUACAUUUUUAUCUGUUUUUCCAUUUCAGUCUAUCGGGGUUAGAUAGAUCUGUGCUCAUUUAAAGUGAACAUCAUUGUAUUUUUAAGGAACACAAGGUUUUAAGCGAUUCAUUCCUUACAUGCUUGCAUUAAUUUGUGCUGCCGGGCCAGUGAGGCGGCAGUGUGCUAACACCCCUUACAUGCUCUUACAUGAUCAUGCUUGAAAUUAGCAUGACAGCUUUGUUUAUGCCCAAGGUCCUUACUCCUUUUGCAUGUGUUUGUGUGCAUUUUCUCUGCUUCUUAUCAAGUCAAGCACAGAAACAAGGCAUACAAUGAACUCUGCUGUAACAUGAACCUUAACCAUCAUGAACACUUGACAUGUCAUGAAGAUGAAUUCAUGUCAUGAAGAAUGAACUGUCUUUUAGCUAUUUUAAAACGUUUUUAAAUGGCAACUAAAUUUCCACAGUAGUAUGUACAAGUAUGUACAUACUACUACUUACACAAUAACGGCAUACUGCAUACACAGUAUUAUGUACAUAGUAUGUACAUACUACUGUGUCUGCAGCAUACAACUGUCUCUGCAGUAUGCCAUUAUUGUGUAAGUACUAAUCUCAAAUAAUGUAUGUAAUUUAUUUAAGCAUUUUACAGGAUAUAGCCAUUUUAUUUUGUUGCUGUAUACUAUUUUAUGACAAAUAAUUAUGACCAAUAUAAAUAAACAAACUAAAUGGAAAUACAAAUAAAAUAAAAACUUCUCUUGAAAAUGCCUAACAGAUCUUUGUAAUUAUAUUUGCAUUUUUUUUUAACCACUAGGUGCCAGUGUUGGUUAGCCAAUCAAGUCAGACACAAUUUCUCUACCUCAGACUUGCUGUAAUAAUCAGGUUGAGGAAGAGAAAUGUGUAACUCUUCUCACACUCACCAAACUUAGCUGAUUUACCCUUGAGCAAGGCACGGUGUACCCAAACUGCUUUACUACUUCACCAGUACAAGGUGGUUGGUUCCAGCCUGCAGAUGUCUGUAGGUGACAUCUGAAAAAGAUACAUUGUACUCAGUUGACAGUAAAGGGAAUUAAGCAUUUUCAUGCAUUAUUUCUGUUUUAUGAAACCGUUUAUGUAUGUUUAGGUAGAAGCAUUGUAUGCACUGAAAAAGAUCCAUGAAACCACAAUGUCGACAAGAGCCUUUUAAAAUGUUAUGUCGUGAAAUAUUUGAACUACUGCAGCUCACUAUGCUGCUUCUGCAUCAUUGGAUCAAUAAAGGGUUAUGUAUUUCA